AGCAGGAGGAGGGGAGAGCAGCAGUGACAGGGCUGGGAGGGCUUAGGAGACAGCACAUCCACGGCCGCUCUGCAAUGAGCAGAGCAAGGGAUCUACCGGGAAGGGCUUAUCUGCAGGGCAGGAUAAUAGGCUGAGGUAUACUGCUUGGGCUCUGGGACCGUGCUGCAGAGCUGACAGGUGUGGGGCUACCAGGGCUGUUCUAUCAUCUGAGGUUGAAGAGCUGAGACGGACAGCAAUGCUUAGGUGAAGGGAGUCCGUGUAUGAGAAGCACCAAGAUCAAUGUGUCAGUGCCAUUUACACGUAGUGCAGGCAGGCCGCCCUUGCCCACGUACUGCCCAUUUUACUGGCACUGUGCAACUGGUGGCAUAUAUUCUGCCUAGGUGGUGAGAGACACAGGUUGCACCAAGGCCCCUGCAGGUGGUGCCCGCCUGCCUUUACGGACCCAUAGGAGGGUAUGGCGGGUGCUUCUCUGGUACGGCGCAUGGCACUCAGGAUGUAGUAGCUUCAAUGGCAGACUGGCAACAGAGGCAGAAUCAUUUACCUUGGGACCUGAGAUACAUGUGCCCCCGAGGUAUUGUACCAUCUUAAUUUGACUUUGAUUUGCUUUCUUCUUGGUAGUGUUGGGUGACUCUGCCCUGUACCUUGGGGCUGGAAUUAGAGUUUAGAGUUAACCUUGGUAGCCCUACAGUAGCCCACCACUUUAUAGACUGACACCUGGGCAAGGGUGUUAAAGAUUGGCACACUAAGUAGCAUAGCCCAUCUGACUUUCAUUGCAACUAAAUAUUAUACGUUCUUCGACUUAGAUUCCAUUUAUAUUGAUCCAGAGCAAGGUGCCUUGGCCCAGCUGACUGGCAACAGGAGAGUGAUUGUUGGCACAGAGCAGGGCAUCCCUGUUGGGAGCCCUGUUGUCAGCCCCCCUGGCUCCUGGCACAGGGAUGGGCUGCGCUCCCAGCAUCCACGUAUCUCAGAGCGGAGUGAUUUACUGUCGGGACUCGGACGAGUCAAACUCCCCACAUCAGACAACCACCAUCUCCCAAGGCACCGCUGCCACCCUGCACGGACUCUUCAUAAAGACCGACGCAGCGGACUCCAUCCCUUCAGUGCUUGCCUACCAGGGCCGAUACCCGCCUGCUGCACGCAGUGGCUCCCGCAAGGGGCGCAGGGACCAGGGACCACACAGCUGCAUAGAGGCAGAGACUCAGACAAGCCACACCAGUGUCAAGCAGGUAUCAUCUACAGAACUGUGGCUUGGACCUAUGAGACUGACCCAGGAUCCAAUCCAGGUGUUGCUAGUCUUUGCAAAAGAAGAUAGCCAGAGCGAUGGCUUCUGGUGGGCCUGUGAUCGAGCGGGAUACAGAUGUAAUAUUGCUCGGACGCCAGAGUCCGCAGUUGAGUGCUUUUUGGAUAAGCACCAUGAAAUCAUUGUCAUAGAUCACAGGCAUUCAAGAUACCUCGAUGCAGAAGCUGUGUGCAGAUCAAUACGAGCUACAAAACCCUCAGAGCACACAACAAUUCUGGCUGUUGUUCCACGUGUAGCUUCUGAUCAAGAGGAGAUGUCUGUGCUACCACUUCUGAAUGUGGGAUUUAAUAGGAGAUUUGUGGAGAACAGCAGUAUGAUUGCAUGUUACAAUGAGCUGAUCCAGAUAGAACAUGGGGAGGUGCGAUCUCAGUUCAAACUGCGGUCCUGUAACUCAAUAUUUACAGCCUUAGACAACUGCCAAGAAGCCAUAGAAAUAACAAGUGAAGAUCAUAUUAUACAGUAUGUUAACCCAGCCUUUGAACGGAUGAUGGGAUAUCAUAAGGAAGAACUUAUUGGGAAGGAACUUACUGAACUGCCAAAAAGUGACAAAAAUCGGGCAGAUCUGUUGGACACCAUUAACACGUGCAUCAAAAAGGGAAAGGAAUGGCAAGGAAUCUAUUUUGCAAGAAGGAAAUCAGGAGACAGCAUUCAACAGCAUGUAAAAGUGACCCCAGUAAUUGGGCAAGGGGGGAAAAUUAGGCAUUUUGUGUCUAUCAAGAAGCUGUGCAAUAGCAAUGACAACAAUAAACAGAUCUACAAGGUAAAUCGAGAAGACAAUGCACUCACAGAGUCUCACUCGUUUAGACUUAAGAACAGAAGGAAAGAAUCAGUGGAUGUGAGAUCUAUCACUUCUCGCAGUAGUGAUGCACCAAGUUUGCAGAACCACAGAUACUCUUCAAUGGCUCGAAUUCACACAAUGACUAUUGAGGCUCCAAUAACAAAGGUCAUAAACAUCAUCAACGCAGCCCAGGAGAACAGCCCCGUGACUGUAGCCGAAGCUCUAGACAGAGUUUUGGAAAUUCUUAGAACAACUGAACUCUAUUCGCCUCAGCUGGGAACCAAAGAUGAAGACCCCCACACCAGUGAUCUUGUAGGAGGUUUGAUGACUGAUGGCUUAAGAAGGCUUUCAGGAAAUGAGUAUGUUUUCUCCAAAAAUGUGCACCACAGCCAUAGCCACCUUUCAGUGCCAAUAACCAUCAAUGACGUCCCACCUUGCAUCGCAGAAUUACUAGAGGAUGAAGUUUCAUGGGACUUUAACAUAUUUGAAUUAGAAGCUGUUACAAUUAAAAGGCCGCUGGUAUACCUUGGUUUAAAGAUAUUUACUUGUUUUGGAGCCUGUGAGUUUUUGAAUUGCUCAGAAGUGACACUUCGCUCCUGGUUACAGUUAGUUGAAGCCAACUAUCACGCAUCAAAUGCCUACCACAACUCUACCCAUGCUGCCGAUGUACUACAUGCCACCGCUUUUUUCCUCCAGCAGGAGAAUGUUAAGGGAAGCCUUGACCAGUUAGACAAAGUGGCGGCACUAAUUGCUGCCACGGUACAUGAUGUGGAUCAUCCGGGCCGGACUAAUUCCUUCCUCUGUAAUGCCAGCAGCGAAUUAGCCGUAUUGUACAAUGAUACAGCAGUGUUGGAAAGCCAUCAUGCAGCACUCGCAUUUCAGCUCACAGCAAAGGACAAUAAAUGCAACAUCUUCAAGAACAUGGACCGGACUCAGUAUCGGACUCUCCGGCAGGCAAUCAUUGACAUGGUUUUAGCAACAGAAAUGACCAAGCAUUUUGAGCAUGUCAACAAGUUCGUCAACAGCAUCAACAAACCCAUUGCAGCCGAAGAUAGCAAUUCCAACAGUGAGGGGAGUGAUUUUGAAUGUUCCACCAAUAUAAGGAAUUCUCCAGAGAACCGGAUCCUCAUCAAACGCAUGAUGAUCAAAUGCGCUGACGUAGCCAACCCCUGCCGCCCCCUGAACCUGUGCAUAGAGUGGGCUGGAAGGAUCUCCGAGGAGUAUUUUGCACAGACAGAUGAAGAGAAGAGGCAAGGCUUGCCAGUGGUGAUGCCAGUCUUUGACCGAAACACCUGCAGCAUACCCAAGUCUCAGAUCUCAUUUAUAGACUAUUUUAUUACAGACAUGUUUGAUGCGUGGGAUGCCUUCGCCCAUUUGCCCAACCUCAUCCUCCAUCUGACAGACAAUUACAAGUACUGGAAAUCAUUAGAUGAAUUGAAGUGUAAAAGUCUCAGGUGUUCGUCAGAAUGAAGCAAAAGAGCAGGAAACCCAACAGUGACCUCUCGACCAACCAGCACUGUGAAUUACUCCCCCAUGAAAGUAAUACAGAUAAAGGGGAAGCUCUCUCACCGAACCCCCCACUUUAUUAAGUGUAUGUACCAACAAUGGAUGUGACUGUGUCAGCGGGAAAUCCCGUACGUUGGCGUAGCAAUACGAGGGGACGUUAUACCGACAUUACUUAUGGAAGGCCAGUUUUUUAUGUUUAUUUGAAGAUUAAAAUUUUUUCAUACUUCUUAUCCAAAAGACAUAAGACUAAUGGAAUGCAGUGUAAAUGCAUUUAUCACAUGGGGCUACAGACUACUAGUCAUUAUAUAUCACUCAUGGAAAUGUGAGGGUGGGGACCUUUGGCCAAUGUUGCCCAGCCAGAUGGAGUGCCAAGCUUUGCCUGUGCCUGGUGUGGCGCAUAGAGAGUAGGCCACUCGGUUUCCUUGUAACAUUUGCACUUUAGAUUUUCUAAAUCUGCAUCCUACGUGGGUCUGUUCCUGUGCAUGCAGCGCCCACUAUACACACAUUUCUAGUUUAUUUGAAGCUGUUGUACAGAACUAGGCAAUGACGCUGACCUGGGAAGGGAUUCUAUGUACAUACCCUGUGGAGAAAGCCGAAGGCGAGAAUCCCUGUUAUUGGAAGUUAUUUGCGCUGCUAAUAUUUAUAGCUUUGUCUAUGGUUAGAUCAUUUCCUGCUGCUAAACCAGAAACACACUCCUUAUUCUAAAAGCCAAGUGUAGCUAAACUCCGCCCCUAAGGAGGGAAUACAAUGGAAAGGGCACCCAAACACCCAAAGUAGGAGAAGCCAUUGAUAUUCUCAUAUACCACUCUCAUUGUACAUAUGGUGUUAAGGGCUAAACAUUUUACUAGCUAGUAAAGUGGGUUUCUUAAUGGUUUCAUUAAUGAACAUUUUAAUAUUACAUUUUACUGCAGGUAAGAGCCUUGUUCCUUGGAAUUUUGUUAGGUGGUUAAUUGUGUCCUCUUAAUCAGAGGUGCUUCUGCCCAUCCAGCAGACAUGUUUCAACCCUGUAGGUUCAUCAUUAUUAUGUCAAAAUGACUGUUCCGCCCAGGCUCAGAGAGGGUGUAUCUCCCAGGUAACGGGGAGUGGGAAUACUAAAAGAUGUAGCCAGUGCCAGCACUGUGAGUGGCAACGGGAAACCUUAGCUAAUAACCCAACAAUGCGACUGUAGAAGAAGUCACCCUAUCUAAUACAAUACCUUCUACAUUGUUUCUUUUGUGAAUCUCUCCCUUGCCUUGUCCUUCAGUAAAGAUAGCCAUGCAUGGGCCACUGAAUGUUGCUGACUCAGCAGCUUAUUGGCUUGUGUACGGAGCCCUUCUGAUGGCCAGAUACUGGGACACUGAGGGCCCCUCUCCCAACAGUCUCCCUCAGCUCUUAUCAUCCAAUUGUUUGACCAAGGGGCAAAGAUCCACUUAUUUGGUGAACUUGCCAACCGAUGCCCACCUCCAGUCUCUGUCAACCAGUUACUUCCACAGAGCCUCCCAGUUCAGUUUUAAAUCACAGAAAUCUGGUUUCUCACGUUCAUUUCUUUCAGUGGGUUGAACCUAUCAAUGCCUUUCCUUUGUAGGAUAAACCAACGCGAGCUUUAUAUCUGUAUAAGCCGACACUUCAUUUAGCGACGCUCCCGAAGCACAAGACCUCUUUUUCUAUGCCUCACAUGGUCACAAAGCAAAAUAUCAAUGCAGCUGUUAGAAGACUGUGUGUACAGCACUAUAGUGGCACUGUAUAUGUGUAUAUAUAUACACACACCAACACACUGUAUAUACACACUACUAGAGAAAAGUGCUUCUAAUGAAAUCUUUCGGUUCAAACACUGUGUC